AGGGACCGGAAACAGGAAGUCACAGCUCACUGUGGGCACUGCUGGCAUAACAUGUGCAGGGAACAGGGCAAUCAAACCAGCCCAGGGAUUCAGCAGGCUCUAUCUGCUCAUAUACAUAAUUCUGAUCAUCAUAUAUAGGAUGGAGAGUAACAAAACCACACCUGUCAAGUCUGCUAUAUCAGGGAGUGCGAGAAAAAUAAAGGACAAUGCAGCAGACUGGCACAAUUUGAUGCUAAAAUGGGAGACGUGUAAUAAUACUGGGUUUGAUGCCGCAAACAAGAUUGUGAAUCUAAAAAUCAGCACCAAAUCUUACAAUGAAAUGUUAUUAGACAACACAUUGUCUACCAAUGACGGUAUGGAUAAAGACAAAGUGGAAUUGGAAAACUGCUGCACAGAAUUGCUUGACAAUCUACAAAACAUGGAGCACAUACUGGUGAGGAUGGAGAAACUGUCUUCUACAUUAAAGGGAGUUUGCGAUCUUGAAGCUUAUCAAUGCAGCCGCAAUGUUUCUAAACCCAUCUUAUUUCAUACGUGGCCAACAAAGCUUUUCUAUGAAACCUCCAUAAAGAUGUCAGAGAUGUACAAGAAAGAAAUGUCUCUCAAGAAGACAAUUGCUGGUCACAUCGCACACACGUCAGAUCAAGAUUUAUUAAUGGUGUAUUUAUCGUGCUGGCUAUAUCAGCCAUAUAUUGAGAAUAGCAUUAAGGUACUACUAGAGGGCAUGUUAUUAGAAACUGGACAUCGGCCUCUUUAAUAUAAAACUUGACGCAACUGGUCACCAUGGAAACUGGCUACACAGGUUCUUGUGGAAAAGCGAAAUAUGUUCUAAGUUUCAUUCGGUAGAAGUUGAGUUCUAUCUGUUGCGAAGUUUUGAGUAGACUAGACAAGUGAUCAUUCUGGAAAGAAGAAAAAUAAUUACAUAGCCAAAGGCUGGCAAAAAUACAGAUGGACAGUGAUUGUGGUCCUCAAUAUCCCUGCUUCUAGGAGUGGCUAAAGAUCCUUUGGAUUGACGUGGAAUGACUUGGUAUAUCGAGUCAAAUUUGUUUAGUUUUUUUUAAGCUCCUUGGAAAUUCUCAACUGCAGAACAGCAAGUUUCCAUCAAUCCUCAUUCAAAGUUAUUUGGUGAACAGUAAUUUUUAACAAGCACUUUUAGCUUAGCAGUAAUCUGCCCAGACGUCUGUUAGUAAAGUUUGUGUUGCAUCAUACAUAAUUCAACUACCUGCAACACAGUACCACAAUUCUAUUUGUUUCGCCAUUUGAGUAAAUCUGUUAUAUGCCACUUUCUGCACCAUUACACACAUUAAUUUCUACAUUAUCAAUACAGAUGAGGAUGGGCAGUCCAGUGAGAGCCCUGAAAUGGUUUGACACACACAAAAAAAAAAACCAACAGCUUCCAUAUAAUCUUU